GCCCGAGUCCGGGCGCGAGCACUUUUUUAGUAUUACAUUAGAAUUCUACCGUUUCCAGGGUUAUGGACUGUAAUAAAUUCGCUGGAAGAUUUGUAACGUUCCCUUUUCGUCAUCAUCCGAGACAGAUGAAGUCGACUUUCUGCAGCAUGGAAGAGCCAAAGAAGAGCAGAGGAGACCAAUUCUUCACCCCCGUCCCCCGUCAACCCCAGCGCUUUCCCCCCAGCAGUGGGGUUCAGGUGGCCCCUAUAUGGAGUCAGUGUGGCCGCCUGACCCCCAUCACUGGGGUUCAGGCAGCCCCCGUCCCUACGGAGCGAGGGAUUGGUCACCUUCCCCCCAUCACUGGGGUUAAGGCGGCCCCUGUCCUCCGCAGCCACUUCCUCCCCAGCGCUGGAGUUCAGGUGUUCCCUGUUGGGAGUCAGUGUGGCCGCCCGACCCCCAUCACUGGGGUUCAGGUGGCCCCAGCCAAUCUCCACAAAGUCUCCAUGGGGAGACGGUGUGGCUGCUUGGACCCCGUCACUAGGGUUCAGGCAGCCCCCGUCCCCACGGAACGAGGGAUCGGUCACCUUCCCCCCAUCACUGGGGUUAAGGCGGCCCCUGUCCUCCGCAGCCACUUCCUCCCCAGCGCUGGAGUUCAGGUGUUCCCUGUUGGGAGUCAGUGUGGCCGCCCGACCCCCAUCACUGGGGUUCAGGUGGCCCCAGCCAAUCUCCACAAAGUCUCCAUGGGGAGAUGGUGUGGCUGCUUGGACCCCAUCACUAGGGUUCAGGCAGCCUCCGUCCCUUCGGAGCGAGGGAUCGGUCGCCUUCCCCCCAUUGCUGGGGUUGAGGCGGCCCCUGUCCUCCGCAGCCACUUUCUCCCCAGCGCUGGGGUUCAAGUGGCCCCAGCCAAUCUCCGCAAAUUCUCCAUGGGGAGAUGGUGUGGCUGCUUGGACCCCAUCACUAGGGUUCAGGCAGCCCCCGUCCACUCUGGUGGCCAAUGA